UAUUUUUAAGCUCAACUUUCCCCGCACCAUACCUCACAUAGAUUAGUUGAAAUCCACAACCAUACCUAAGCUUCACACUAAAAACUACACUAGCCAAGGAUCUUCCUAAUACCUACUAUCUACUCAGAUGAACAAGAUGGCAGGCUUGUCCUUUCGGAAAAAGCAGGCAGCGACACCGCCAAAUGCUUCGCAGCAGAUUCAAUUAACAUGGCCUGACGACUACGUAACCGUGGGUGCAGAUGGCCAAUUUGUGUCAGUCGACCACGAAGAUCUAUACCAAGGAGAAUUUCACAAAGAUGGCAAGAAUCAGGGCGAAGAGAAGCGUAUUCUCUUCCGCCCUCAAGUGACGGUCAACGUUUUCGGCAACAACGGGUCGAACUCUGGAACUACAGGAGCAGAAGGGUCCGAGCCGAGCAGCACAGAACCAAUCAAGGAAAAAAAGACCGAAAAGCCUAACGAUACCAUAGCCGAUUUGACGGCCCAACUUGCAGCUUUAUCCCGAAAAGUUGAUGAGCUCUCCGAGUUGGCAUCCGCUCGGGGACCUCGAGUUGAAUGCGGUUUGUGGAACACGGGAGAGGUUCGCUCAUCGGAUUAUCCUUCGAACGACACCAAAGCGCGAAUCUGGUUUGAAAAAGAGUUCAAAUCUGUCCCAAAUGUGACGACUGGGAUGUGCUCAGCCGACGUGUCUAACGAUGCAAACUUUAGAGUGUCCGUCUAUCCGACAGAGAUAGAUACGAGAGGGUUUAAAGUCAAUGUAAUUGGCUGGCAUGAUACGGUGAUAUAUGCCUGCGGGGUGUCGUGGGUCGCAGUAGGCGACUAGCUUGUGUACGUACACCGCCACAUGUACCUGGUGUAUAGGAAGAGGCCAUCCUACUUCUACGACGUCUAUUGUGACCUACCAUGGAGACUAUGGCGGCAGAAACUCGAGAAAACAUGACUUCCCAGUUACCUUAGUUAGCUAGACUGCCUAAACUACAGCUAAACUACCUCGUCUGAAGUGGAUAUAUGAAUUUGAAGUUCUUGUGAACGAUUUUCGAUUCGAUUUCAGGGGUCAAGGGACCCACUGUUUCCUUGCUGAGGUUGUAGAAAACCGUUGUAUCAUCGACAUCGACCAGACUAACAUACCUCGCGCUGCUAUUAUUUCAGUUAUCAUAUUUUGAGGAUUGAUUUGCGUAUUGAUUCUCGUUCUCAACUAUGUCCUCGCUCUUCGACACGUCCGGGAGAGUUUGAGGUGGGCUUUGGACAGCAUCUUUGUCUGAAGACAUGGCUCGCGCUCGCAAUUAGGCAUAGCGGCUGAGAAACAGUAUAAGUAUCAGAUAUGCGAAAGUUUAAAGAUUGAUAGCUGCUUAAUUCUAUUAUUUAGUUGACGCUCGCCGAUGAUGCAUAAAUAUUAGGAGCAAUACGCCUCAAGGUCUUGGCAGACAGACAUCGAGGUACACGACAUCUAAUUGGAGUCUAUGCCACCAACA